UCCAAAAUGGCCGCGAUGGUGUUUUGACUGGCUUUGACGAAUAAUACUUUUGUGUUUGUUUCAUUCUUCAUAGAAUUCGGUUAGGAAAGCAUCUCAAGAAGGAAACUGUACAUGUGUCUCUCCGUUUAUUUUGAACAUUAUAAUAAGACAAUCAAGGUUUAACGUUAUUGCUCUUUGUUUGACUUAGUGGACUAUGCACUUUUGGCCAUUAUAAGAUAGCUAGCUGGCAGGCUAGCAAAAUUAUUUAGCUAAAAUUAAAAGAAAGACGAUGGAAGAGCUCAGUGCCGACGAGAUCCGCAGGAGGCGGUUGGCGCGGCUGGCAGGGGGACAGACGUCUCAGCCCAGCACCCCUCUAAGCACGCCUCUGACGUCUCCACAGAGAGAGACCCCUCCGGGUCCCCUGCCUGGCCCCUCGGGGCCCCCGCCGCAGCCCAUGCCAUCUGCCCCCUCUCACACUCUGGGCCUGAACACCCAGAGCAUCACCACCCCUGCCACCUCCCCGAUGGGGGCCUCAGGGGUGGCGUAUCGUAGCCAGAGCAGCGAGGGGGUCAGCUCUCUCUCCAGCUCUCCCUCCAACAGCCUGGAAACCCAGUCACAGACCUUGUCCCGAUCCCAAAGCAUGGACAUUGACACUGCCUCCUGUGAAAAGAGCAUGUCCCAGGUGGAUGUGGACUCAGGAAUUGAGAACAUGGAGGUGGAAGACAGUGAUCGCCGAGAGAAGAGGAACCUCUCUGAGAAGGAGUCCUCCUCCAACUCUGAGGUGUCGGAGGAGCAGGCCCUGCAGCUGAUCUGUAAGAUCCUGCGCGUGUCCUGGAAGGAGCAGGACCGCGACGUCAUCUUCCUCCCAGCCCUGGCAGCGGAGUUCCAGCAGAAGAACCCAAAAGAUGUCUACUCGGAUUUCAAAGACCUCAUCGGUCAAAUCCUGAUGGAGGUUCUCAUGAUGUCCACCCAGUCGCGGGUCCACCACAACCCCUUUGCCAGCCUGACCGCCACGUCCCAGCCAAUCGCCGCUGCCAAAUCCCCCGACCACCACCUGACCCUGCAGCCGCCCUCCAGCCAGGGCAGCAGUCCCAUGAUGCCGUGCGCCGGCUCCUUCGGUGCCGGCUCUCUAUCCAGUCUGUAUGGGUGUAGUCCCCAUCCUCUGGCCCUGAACCCAGCACGAAUGAGCGCUCCGUCGUCCACCUCCUCCACCCCCACCACCCCUCUCUCCCCCACCGACCCGCCACCACCCCGCCCAGCAGCCCUGGGCUCCCCCACCUCCCCGCUGCCCAUCUCCCAGCGCUACCGGCCCUACUCCCUCAGCUCCCCCUGGGGCUCGGCCUCCGCCGUGCCCCCCAGCCCCAUCCCCAUCCCCAGCCCCAGCCCCAGGUCCACGGGGCCCCCCACCCCGGGGCAGGGCCCGUCCUUCAGCCCGCUGACGGCCUCCCUCAGUUCCCCCCGCCAGCGGCAACCGGGCUCCAUGCCCCUGCCCCUGCUGCCACCCAGCUCCCCCAGUGCCAGGGCCAGACGGACUGCCCUUGCUGCCAGGAUGCCCUCUAGCCCCUUCUCCCUCCUCUUCUUCGCCCUCUCCGACGUGUCUCCCGACAGCAGUGAUGAAGAACUGGAAGAGGAGGAGGAGGAGGAUUUUUCUCGGGUGCAGUUUGGCUCCAGCCUGGGUGCCUCAGGAGGGCCAUCAGUGUCGGACUCGGGCAGUGACCGCUUCACCAUUGAGGCGUGCAAGGAGACGGAGAUGCUGAACUACCUCAUCGAGCGCUUCGACAGUGUGGGCAUGGAGGAGAGGAAGGCCCCCAAGAUGUGCAGCCAGCCUUGUGUCAGUCAGCUGCUCAGCAACAUUCGCUCCCAGUGUAUUUCCCAUGCUGCUUUGGUGCUGCAGGGCGCCCUCACCCAGCCCAGGGCUCCGCUGCAGUCGUCGCUGUUGGUCCCUUACAUGCUGUGCCGGAACCUUCCGUAUGGCUUCAUCCUGGAGCUCCUCCGCAUGACUCACCAGGAGGAGGAGGUGUUCAAACAGAUCUUCGUGCCCAUCCUCCAAGGGCUCGGCCUGGCGGUAAAAGAAUGUUCCUUUGACAGUGACAACUUCAAGUACCCGCUGAUGGCUUUAGCUGAGCUUUGUGAAAUCAAGUUUGGCAAAACUCAUCCCAUGUGCAAUUUGAUCACCACUCUACCACUGUGGUGUCCGGAGCCGUUGAGUCCGGCCGGGGGUCGAGAGGUCCAGAGACUCUCCUUCCUUGGAACAUUCUUCAGCCUGUCUGUGUUUGCAGAGGAUGACACCAAAGUGGGGGAUAAGUACUUCUCAGGCCCUGCCAUCACGAUGGAGAACACGCGUGUGGUCAGUCAGUCCCUGCAGCAUUAUCUGGAGUCCGCCCGGGGAGACCUUUUCAAGAUCCUCCACAACAUCCUGCUGAACGGGGAGACGAGGGAGGCCGCCCUCAGCUACAUGGCCGCUCUGGUCAACCGCAAUGUGAAGAAGGCCCAGAUGCAGACGGACGACAAGCUGGUCUCCACGGACGGCUUCAUGCUGAACUUCCUGUGGGUGCUGCAGCAGCUGAGCAUGAAGAUCAAGCUGGAGACGGUGGACCCCUUCUACAUCUUCCACCCCAAGUGUCGCCUGCAGGUCAGCACCGAGGAGACCCGGCUCAAGGCCACCAUGGAGGAGCUGAAGGGCUGGCUGGGCGAGCUGCAUGACAACCCGUCCAAGUUCUCGGAGCCAAAGUUCCCCACGGAGUGUUUCUUCCUGACGCUGCACACACAUCACCUGUCCAUCCUGCCCGGCUGCAGGCGCUACAUCCGCAGGCUCCGAGCCAUCCGGGACUUGAACAGAACGGUUGAGGAGCUGAAAAACAGCGAGAGCCAAUGGAAGGACUUACCCCUGGCCAGUCGCCACAGGGAGAUGCUGAAGAGAUGCAAAACCCAGCUGAAGAAACUGGUGCGCGCCAAGGCCUGUGCAGACGCCGGGCUGCUGGACGAGAAUCUGCUGCGCCGAUGCCUGCAGUUCUACAGCAUGGUGAUUCAGCUCAUCCUGCGCCUGGUGGACCCUGCCUACCCCAACAUGACGCUGCCUCUCAACCCAGAGAUUCCCAAGAGCUUUGCAGCGCUGCCUGAGUUUUACAUUGAGGACGUGGCCGAGUUCCUGCUCUUCGUUGUGCAGUACUCUCCCCAGGUCCUGUACGAGCCUUGCACUCAGGACAUUGUGACCUUCCUGAUCGUGUUCAUCUGCAGUCAGAACUACAUCCGCAACCCCUACCUGAUUGCUAAGCUGGUGGAGGUGCUGUUCGUCACCAACCCGGCCGUGCAGCCCCGCACACAGCGCUUCUUCGAGAUGAUGGAGAACCACCCGCUCGCCAUCCAUCAGCUGGUCCCCGCCCUCAUGAAGUUCUACACCGAUGUGGAGCACACCGGUGCUACCAGCGAGUUCUAUGACAAGUUCACCAUCCGCUAUCACAUCAGCACCAUCUUCAAGAGCCUGUGGCAGAACAUUGCACAUCACGGAACCUUCCUGGAGGAGUUCAACUCCGGAAAGCAGUUUGUGCGCUACAUCAACAUGCUGAUCAACGACACCACCUUCCUGCUGGACGAGAGCCUGGAGUCCCUGAAGCGCAUCCAUGAGAUCCAGGAGGAGAUGAAGAACAAGGAGCAGUGGGAUCAGCUGCCCAGGGAGCAGCAGCAGAGCCGGCAGUCCCAGCUGACCCAGGACGAGCGGGUCUCGCGCUCCUACUUGGCUCUGGCCACGGAGACUGUGGACAUGUUCCACAUUCUGACCAAGCAGGUCCAGAAGCCUUUCCUUCGACCUGAGCUGGGACCCCGUCUGGCCGCCAUGCUGAACUUUAACCUCCAGCAGCUCUGUGGACCCAAGUGCCGUGACCUGAAGGUGGAGAACCCUGAGAAGUACGGCUUCGAGCCCAAAAAGCUCCUGGACCAGCUGACGGACAUCUACCUGCAGCUGGACUGCGCGCGCUUCGCCAAGGCUAUCGCUGAUGACCAGAGAUCGUAUAGCAGGGAGCUGUUCGAGGAGGUAAUCUCCAAGAUGCGCAAAGCUGGCAUCAAAUCCACUAUCGCCAUUGAGAAGUUCAAGCUGCUCUCGGAGAAGGUGGAGGAGAUUGUGGCCAAGAACUCCCAGUCAGAGAUGGACUACAGUGACGCUCCCGAUGAGUUUAAAGACCCUCUGAUGGACACCCUGAUGACUGAUCCGGUGAUUCUGCCGUCCGGCAACAUCAUGGACCGCUCCAUCAUCCUGCGGCAUCUCCUCAACUCUCCGACGGACCCCUUCAACCGACAGGAACUCACGGAGAGCAUGCUGGAGUCUGUGCCAGAGCUGAAGGAGCGUAUCCAUGCCUGGAUGCGGGAGAAGCAGGGGGGCAGAUUGUCUUAGUAAACCACAUGUGACCAUCAGUGAGGGAGGUUUUCACCAUGCCAGAAUUCAACACCAAGCUAUGAUAGAGAGAAAGAGAGAGAAAAUCAGAUAAACAACAGUAACACAAAGGAAAAUAUUCUGAUUUCAUUUCCUUCCCUUUUUUUUUUUUUUUUUUUUCAUUGAGCCGUGUCUUUUAGGCUCCUGGGUCUAAAACGAAAGCAUAAUAAAAAAUUAGACUUUUAAACAAAAAGUUUUGCUGAUGACUUUGUAUAUAUAUCGGCAUAUAUACAUAUAUUUAAUUGAAUGAGUACCAGGGGUUGCUGAGAACUUGCGGAAAGUAGUUAGACUGCCUCUUAAUUGGAUCUUAAAAGAGCCCAGGAUUUUUGUUGUGACAUUUACAAAGUAAAAGAAAAGGCAACUUUAUUUGUGCAUUUUGACUGAUUUUAACAAUGAGGUAAAGAAAAGGACACUGAUUUUUACUGGAUGGAUGGACUGUUCUCUUUGUUGCCCAUUUCAUCCUACUUUGCUUUCAGUAUUUCAAUGAGGUAAAACAAGAUGAGUAGAUGUGGUCUAGAAAAUGCAAAACUGCUCUUCCCACACAGUCAGGCGGCUUCUGGCUUUUAAUGUCAAAUCACCAUGCAUUCUCCUCUACUGAUGACCCUGGGAAAGAAAGAAACGGGAUAAGUGUAUUUAAAAAAAUGUCCUGAAAUCGACUGCCUAAAAGGGGAUCGUUGCUGUAAAAGUAAAAGGUUGGAUUUGAUUAGGCGGCAUUUUGAAAUGGUCAGUGCAACUCUGGAGUGACCAGCAAAUGAUUUGUGGUAUCGAAUGUGUCACCCUGUCAACUUCAAGUCGUCAUGCUCAUGACUGAAGCAGCACCUCCGUGCGCCGACGGAGGUGGACCAUCGCAAUGAUGCUCGAGCGCGAGUCCAAGGACCUCAUCCGAGUGUGACGCAUUCGUACAGCAUGACCAGCAUUAGAGAACGAUGCGCUCACACCAGAUGUCUGUCUUCAAAAACUGUCAUUGAUUUCUGUGCCCACACUGAAAAUGGUUCAUCAGAUCCUGCUGUCCAUACCCGCCCCACCCCCACCCCACCCCACCCCCACUUUGGUUGUUGAAAUCUGUUGUGAAGUUAUAUGGCCGAGUCCUUUUUUUUUUCACCUCCCUCCCCUCGAUUUUAUUUAAAAGAAAGAGAUUACAAAAGUUAAAUUGUACAGGACUUUGCUUCCUUUGCUACAAAUCUUUUUUUGGAUUCAGGACUUUGAAAUGUAAUAAAUGGUGAUGCACACAGACUUGCUACUCUAGUGUCAUGCUUGUUUUUUUAAACAUGGAAUCAUGCAAGGGGGAUUUGUCAGUGUGAAUAAAUAAAAGCGCUCAUGUGAA